GUGGGGCUUAUUGCAGUUUGUUAUGGAAGAUGUCAUUCGCAAGAGUAGCAAUGAUAACUGCGUCAAAGUCGAAAGUAUUAAGCCUGGCUAGGGCUUCGUCUAUUCUAAACAACUUCAGUGUGACCCAGCAAUUGCAUCGGCUUCCUCAAAGCUCCCAACCGCUUCACACACUCAGGCUGCAUCAGCGCUUUAAUAGCACAUCUGCCCAGGAAAAGUCAACUGUGACAACUGCCUCUGAGGAUAAAAUACAUCUCACAGAGUCAUGUUUAAAGAGACUAAGCGAGAUCACGGAGAAAGGCGAAUACCUCAGAAUACAUGUGGAAGGAGGAGGAUGCUCUGGGUUCCAGUACAAGUUUUCAGUUGACAAUAACAAGAAUGAAGAUGACAGAGUGUUUGAACAGGGAGGGGUUGGUGUUAUCGUGGACCAGGACAGCCUAGAAUUUGUGAAAGGAGCCACUGUGGAUUACAGCCAAGAACUGAUCCGGUCUGCCUUCCAAGUUUUGAAGAAUCCUCAAGCAGAUCAUGGCUGCUCCUGUGGCAGCUCUUUCUCUGUCAAAUUAUGACCCUGCCUCCCAAUGGCCUCCUUCAUCAUCAUAAUAGUAUUUUAUACCCCGAUUUAACAGAGUAUUUGGUGGAUCUGUGCUAAAUAUAUACAUAAACAUAUGUCAUAAAUACAUUAAAAUGUCAAAAUAGAUUUUCACUAAAAGGUCACAAGAAUUACAGAAGUACACUGCAAUUUCUGUACAGAUGUCUCUAAUAAACUGGUUUUUCAGGAUAUUAUAUAUUGCGUUACAUUGUCAAUUCAGAAAUCAACCACUGAAGUCAUAGUGAUCCUGAUCCUCAUUUGGCUGAAACAUUUUUUUCUUUACAGAUGUGGAAUUACUUGAAGAAAUUCUUUACAAAGUAUGCACGUUUAUAUACAGUGACAGUCACUGCUCAGUAUCAGUGAAAUUCACAAUACUCAGCUGUAAUAACUAGUCUUCAAACAUAAGACGAUCAGUUUUUGCAUUUUCCUCAGUAUACACAGCUUAUAGACUUGGCUUUGUGUGUAAAAUUUGUAAAUAGGCUAUAUAUAUAUGAAAGAGCAAAACUUUGUUGUAUUUGUUUCAUCCUAAAUAAAAUAAUUACACAUA